CGACGUCUUCUCAACAAGCCUUCUGCUGCCACAAAUGGCUUUUCUUCUCCUCACAUAUUUCGAAGCCUUUUUCGACUUUUUUGCAUAGGUACCAGAACCCAUUUCUUCGCUAAUUUUGUAGCCCUCUGACGCGCCUCCGUCCUUCUCCUCUAAAUCUGUGAAGAUUCCAAAUGGUGAAGAUGAGGCUCCCCAACUCCUCCUCCUGGUAUUCUUUUGACCCUUGCCUUGGUCUCCCUCAUUAUCCUUUGGGUUAAAGCUUCUUUUUUGGUGACCGAGCCUCAUCCUACGAUCAUCCAAGCACCGAACUCUUCUUCGGCUUUAAGGGGCUUCUUUUCCGGCUAUGGCGACGUCCUUUCCUUCUCCGGCAUCGUGCUCGGCGCAGAGCCCCCUUGAUGGGGCAUCAUGCUCGCAGAACCUCUAUGUUGGGGCGUUGUGUAUGUCCGGGCACAAUUCUCCAUCUACCGCGCGCAAGCCUCCAUCCUUCAUACUCCGUAUCAUACACUUUAUUGGCUCCAAUAGUUCUUCGAACUAGUAUUUUCUGUAAAUCUAAUAUCAUACAAAUGCAGGCAUAUCUACCUCUCUCCACUGGAGCGCAAUUUAGAUAAAUUACAAAAUCUAUUAUCUCCUCAUUCUUUUGUUGAAUGGACAAAAGGAAACUACUACUCUUUUUGAGAUCCUGCAUUGCGUCCAAGUCACUGAAGCAGGGGAAGCUCAUUCAUCAGAAGGUUGUCACUUUAGGAUUGCAAAAUGAUGUUGCCUUAUGCAAAGACCUGAUUAGCCUUUACUUCUCUGCCCACCUUUAUGAUCAUGCCAAGCAUGUUUUUUGUUCCGUUGCAAACCCGUCUGAGAUAUCUUUGUGGAAUUGCCUUAUGGCGGCUUACACUAAGAAUUUUAUGUACACUGAAGCGCUAAGCCUCUUUAAUAAGUUAUUGGUUUACCCUGACUUAAAGCCUGAUUUUUACACAUACCCCAAUGUUCUUAAGGCCUGUGGAGCAAAGGGUAGAAUUGGUUGUGGAAAAAUUUUUCAUGCGUGUUUGCUAAAAAGUGGGUUUAUAAUGGAUGUUGUAGUCGGAAGCUCUCUUGUGAGUAUGUAUGCUAAAUGCAAUGGGUUGGAGCAUGCGAUCCAGGUGUUUGAUGAAAUGCUGGAAAAGGAUGUGGCAUGUUGGAAUUCAAUAAUUUCUUGCUAUUACCAUUGUGGAAAGUUUGAAGAGGCACUAAAAUAUUUUGAGGCAAUGAGAAAAUGUGGUUUUGUGCCCGAUUCUGUGACAAUCACUAUUGCUAUUUCAUCAUGUGCAAGACUUCUGGACUUGGACAGGGGAAAAGAAAUUCAUAAAGAAUUGGCAGGUAGUGUGUUUCUUUCGGAUAGUUUUGUUAGCUCUGCUCUUGUUGACAUGUAUGGAAAGUGUGGCGAUCUAGAAAUGGCCAAAGAGAUUUUUGAGCAAAUACCGAGAAGGACUAUAGUUGCUUGGAAUUCCAUGAUUGCUGGUUAUGGUUUGAAAGGUGACAGUAUUUCGUGUAUUAAACUUUUUAACAGGAUGCACAGUGAAGGUCUAAAACCAACUUCGACUACCAUAAGUAGCAUAAUAAUGGCUUGUUCACGGUCAGCCCGUCUUCACGAGGGUAGACUCAUACAUGGUUACAUAGUACGAAACAGGAUACAGCCUGAUAUUUUUAUCAAUAGCUCACUCUUAGAUCUGUACUUCAAAUGUGGUAGGGUCAAGUCAGCUGAAAAUGUUUUUACAACAACACCAAAGACAAGUUCAGUUGGUUGGAAUAUUAUGAUUUCGGGAUAUGCGAGUGCAGGGAUGUAUUUCGAAGCCCUUAGCAUCUUUAGUCAAAUGAAAGAAGCUUAUGUUGAACCUGAUGCUAUUACUUUUGCCAGUGUUUUAGCAGCUUGCUCACAACUAGCAGCGCUAGAAAAGGGUAAAGAGAUUCACAAUCUUAUCAUUGAGAAGAAGUUCAAAAGCAAUGAAGUGGUUAUGGGGGCUCUCCUUGACAUGUAUGCAAAGUGUGGUGCUGUAGAUGAAGCAUUUGAUGUUUUCAAGUGCUUACCAGAGAGAGAUCUGGUGUCCUGGACUUCCAUGAUCACCGCAUAUGGAUCUCAUGGUUGUGUAUCGGAAGCCUUGGAGCUUUUUGCCGAAAUGAAGCGGUCCAAUGUGAAACCUGACGGAGUUGCCUUUCUUGCCAUAUUAUCUGCUUGCGGUCAUGCUGGGUUGGUUGACGAAGGAUUUUCUCUGUUUAACCAAAUGAUCAAUGUUUAUGGCAUCAAACCUAGAGUUGAACACUAUUCAUGUGUCAUUGAUUUUCUUGGACGUGCUGGAAGAUUGCAUCAAGCUUAUGAGAUCCUGCAAAGAGACCCGGAAAUCAGGGAUGAUACCGAGUUGUUAAGCACAUUACUUUCUGCAUGUCGAUUGUACAGAGAUUUUGAUUUAGGAGUUAAAAUUGCUGAAACACUUGUCGACAAGGACCCGGAUGAUCACUCAACUUAUAUCAUGCUAUCAAGCAUUUAUGCUUCUGUUCAGAAAUGGGAUGAGAUGCGGAAAGUAAGAUCAAAGAUGAGAGAGCUUGGACUAAAGAAGAGACCAGGAUGUAGCUGGAUUGAGAUUGAUCAGAAGAUCCAUCCUUUCUUUGUUGAAGACAAUUCAUACUGGCAAAUAGAAUCAGUGAAUGAAUGCCUUGCAAAUCUUACCAAUCACAUGGAAAAAGAUGAGCUUUUGCCAUUCAUAGAUCAUCUUGAUAAUGAAGCAGGGUUUUAUUGCUUGUAUGGAUAGGCUUCAUAGGACGAACAUGACGUGGAUCCUGAAACAGUGAUCCGUUUGUGCAGUACCAGGCAACUCGUUUUCCCCCCCCC